AUGGAGGUGGACCGAAUUGACACUUGGAGAUACUAUGUGAAAGGAGGAACCAGGAAUUGUAUUGUUGAUUUGGAACAUGGAAUGUGUGAAUGUGGUGUGUUUUACAUCGAGAAGAUCCCAUGUUCACAUGCUAUUGCAGCUGCAUUAGCCGGUGGGAUAUCUGUGGAUUCUCUUGUAUGUCCGACUUACUCAAAAAACUACUUGUUUGCAGCAUACUCUGCCAACAUAUAUCCCCAAAUUUCAGAGGUCCAAGGAGGCCCAACUUCAAUAUGUCUGCCACCAGACAUUCGCCGUGCACCAGGCAGACGGAAGAAGUCUCGGUGGCAAUCAUGGCUAGAAAUUGCUAGGAGAAAAAGCAAGAAGCCAAGGAAGCUGCACAAAGUAUACAGCUGCUCCCAAUGCAAGCAACCUGGUCAUACCCUACCGAAUUGUGUAAGUUGA